AUGGAGGGGACGCAGGCGGCGGCCGACCCUGCCGGCGGCGGCCCUCCAGGGCCCAAGAUAGGGAGCAAAACAGCCAGCCCCAUGGAGGUGGCCUCAGCUGUGGAGAGAAGUGGUCCUGAGCCACAGCCGGAUAAUGGACACCUCCCCAGACCCUGGCCCUGCCCUCGGGAAGACAGAACACCCAGCCAGAUGGCCCCCCUGCCUCCCAGGGCACGGAAGGUACAGCUCCAAGGCCCCUCUGUGCUGGAGUCCAAGGUGAGGGCUUUGAAGGAGAAGAUGACAAGUCAACAGAGGGUGAGCCCCUGCCCCACUUCCCAUGAGCGGUCCUCCCCCAAGAAGCCCAAAUGCAGACGAGUCAAGUCAGAGGGCUCAUCCCUGCCAGAUGCUGUGGUGGUCUCCCAUGCUCUGAACGUGACCAACAGUCAGCUGGACAGCAGUGUCGAUGAGGAGGACCCUGCCAGGACUGGGGACCCCAGACCUCCCAGGCCGCCCACCCCUGGGCUUGAGUGCUGGAAUGGGAGGAGUCCAUGGCCUCCAGAAGGAGUGUGGGCUCUGCCUGACCAUGAGAGGGAUCUGCUGCCAGGGCCUGGCUCUGUGCAAGAGAGUGCCAUCCCCAGAGUUACUCCAGGCCGGCCUGGGGGCCCUGGGCCUAGCAGCGGAAUCCCCCAUAUGCCCAGCCUGAGGAAAGGAAAGCUGUACCCCCUUCAAGAUGGUCUGGUCACAGGGGGAGAUCAGGACAGUGCAUCCCUGACCUCCGAAGAGGACUUUGUCCCCAGGACACCUGUGCUGGGGGUGCUGUGGAGAGCUGGAGACCUGGGGGCUCUGGGCACUGGGGGCAACGCCCUGUCCCUGUCUGACCGGGUCGAGAGGAAUCGCGUGCUGCUACAGGAGAUGCUGACUGUUUCAAGACAGAGCCCCACCAAGGUGGGCAGCCCAGCCUGGACUCCGUCCUGGGACAGAUCUGCACCAGAGAAACCAGCGGGGGACGUGGACUGGGACUUGGGCAUCUCCCUGCAGGACUCAGACCAGAACAGAACCUUUGGUCCCAAGCCGGAGCCUGUGCUGAGCUCCAGGCAUGAGGAAGCCAAGCAUCUGCUGCAGCAUGCCCGUAUGAAGGCCAGGACCCGGCCCCUCCGUGCCAGCCAUGACAUCGUGCCCACCAUUGCCCAGGGCAGCCGAGACGGGCGGAGGAGCCCAGCCCGGGACCCCAGGAUGAUCCUUGCCUGCAGAGACAGCCCCCAGAACGGAAACAUGAGUGACUCCUCCAGCGGGGAGUCCAGCAGCGGGCAGUGGCCGAAGCGGGGCAUCUCCCCGUCGCACGUCCGCUUUGAGGACGAGUCAGCCCGCGAGGCCGAGGUCCGCUACCUGGAGCGGCUGCAGCAGCGCCAGCGCCAGUGCCAGGGGCUGCGCACGGCGCUGCCGGCCGCGGGCCAGGGCCCCCUGCGCUCCAAGCCCGACCUCGCCCACUACAUCAACGGGGGCGUCCGGCUCCCGGACGCGGGGCAGGGGGCGCUCCACAGGCCUCCGGGUGGCCUGGGCCGCAGGGGCCUCCCGCUGCCGCUGCCCGGUGCGGGCGGCGAGAGAAAGUGCAGAGCCUGUGGCAGCUGUAUCGAGGACCGCCACCCUGCCGAGUCAGGGCCGCACACGGAAUGGAUCCGGGAAACACACAUCGGAGACACCACGCGCCCUGAGGAGGUGGACUCCGCCCUGGACAGCACCGACACCUCGGACAGCUGCAGGACCGACAGUGAGGAGGCAGGGGCCGCUCAGCCCAGCAGGGCAUGCGGCCGGAGCCGGAGCCGAGGCAGCAGCCCCCGACUGCCGGGCUCCAGGCCUGGAGGAGGCGGCAGGUGGUCCAGGAAGGCUGAAAUGGAGCUGCCCUGGGGCCUUCCAGCCCCGCAUCACCUGCCUGGGGUUGAUGACGUGGAGGUGGGAGAUGAGGUGAAAGGCGGCAGAGGACACACGCCUGAGGGGACGCUGUUUCUGAGAGAAGAUGCUGUUCCUAAUCCUCCUGCCUUGGAAUCCAAGAGGGCUUCUGUGAAGUCACAGCGGCAGCCUGGAUCAGAGCUGGGAAACCACUGGGCUCACCCUGUGGAUUCCCUGGCUCCAUGCAGGACAGCCUAUGCCACAACCUCUUCCACAAAGCUUGGGCCCUCGGGGUCAGGCAGACCAGCCCAGGUUAUAGAAAGCUGUGAGUCUCUGGAAGUUGACUCCACCUCCUCCCAGCAACAGAACUAUGCAGAGCCCUCUGCCCCCCACCAAGCCCAGCAGCCAGCUGCUUCCCUCUCCUGUGAAGGUUGGGUGCCAACCCCUCCCUCUUCUAGGAAAACCAACUCACCUCUGUCUCACAGGAAGGCAGCCUUGGCUGGACCCUGCAGAACGGGUGACCGAGGACAGCCUGUGGAUAUCUCCCUGCCUCCUUCAGGAAGUAUGGUUCUCAGGACCUGUGAGCUCGACCCACCACAGACCCAGCCCUGCAGCCCCCAAGUCAGACACCCACUGCUGGCCCUGUCCACCAACAACUGCAACAACAGCGUGCCUCAGGGGCUGCAGGAGUCCUGGGGAGGAGCUAUCUAUGAGGGAAGAAUGGAGAGGGGCCCCUGCAGCCAGGAGCUCAAGCCACCCCCAGAGAACGGCCGAGAUGGUAAGGGGUUGCCAGUGGGCUUUCUUGGCUCAGCAGACGUUGCCACUGUCAACUCCACGGGCUUCACCCUCUCCCUGGCCUCCGAGGAGGCAGAGUCCAGCCAGGAGCCAGAGGGAGGCCUGCAGAGGACAGAGUUGAGUUUCGGAGAGCAUGUGCCAUACCGAGCAUCCCCAGGGGCCAUUGCAGGACCUGGCCCACCCUCAGCUGCCCCUUCUGACAGGAACAAGAAAAGGAGCAGCAGCAUCGCCUCUGCCCUGGGGCUGAAAAAGUUCUUCUCAGCUUUGGGCCAGAGUGCCCGGCCCAAGCUGGGCAAGUCCCGCAGCUACAGCGUGGAGCAGCUGCAGCCUGCUGCGCCUGGCCUGGCUUCCCACGUCAGAGCCCCGUCGUUACAAUCCCUGCAUCUGGUCACACCCUCUCAUCGGAAAGCUGCCUCCUUUCAGAACCUCCAUUCUCUGCUGAGCGGCAAGGGGGACCGGUCCAACCUCUACCUGGUAGGAGGGCCAGGGGACCACAGUGCAGCUGGCAGGCCAGCCCAGGCCCCACCCCGGCGUGCCCUCAGUGUGGAGGACGUGGGGGCCCCCAGCCUGGCCCGCGUAGUGGGCCGCGUGGUGGAGGUGUUCCCAGACGGCACCAGCCAGCUGCAGCUGCAGCGCCUCCCAGAGGGCACUUUCGGCUUCUCUGUGGCCUCUGGGAAUGGGCGCAGGGACUCAGGAUUCUACGUGCAGGAGAUGGCGGACUUGAGCACGGCCAAACUGUACUCGGGGCUGCUGGGGGUGGGGGACGAGAUCCUCGAGGUGAAUGGGGACAAGGUUGCAAGGCUGGGCUUGGCACACAUUAAGGAGCUCCUGGCUCACUCGGAGAGCUUGUCAAUCCGUGUCCUGAGGCAGAGGCCUGUCCCACGUUGA